AUGUUAACAAAAGAGCAUAUCGGUAAAUCGUUACCGAUCCUUGUAAAUCGUAAAUAUCUGAUGACCGAAGUGAAUGCCGGCCUUCAGAGUGCAUGUUUCGAUGUUGAUAAUGCGCUUUUAGCAAUGGAAUCGAUGAAAAAUGCAAUGCCAACAUUCGAUAGCAUUCAAGAGAUGUUAAGAGAAUGUGUCCAUUAUAAGCAACAUUUGGAUCGAGAUGCAUUGUAA